AUGACAACCAAAAGGAAAAUUAUCGGCCGCUUGGUGCCCUGCCGGUGUUUUCGUGGUGAAGAAGAAAUCGUCUCAGUGUUAGAUUACUCUCACUGUGGCCUACAGCAGGUGCCAAAGGAGGUUUUUAACUUUGAACGGACAUUAGAGGAGCUUUACCUAGAUGCCAAUCAAAUUGAAGAGCUACCUAAGCAACUGUUCAACUGUCAAGCUUUACGCAAACUGAGUAUACCAGACAAUGACCUUUCAAGUCUGCCAACCACUAUUGCUAGCUUAGUUAAUCUCAAAGAACUUGAUAUCAGUAAAAAUGGAAUUCAAGAUUUUCCAGAAAAUAUUAAAUGUUGUAAGUGUUUAACAAUUAUUGAAGCCAGUGUCAAUCCGGUCUCUAAGCUGCCAGAUGGCUUCACACAACUUCUAAAUUUGACCCAGCUCUAUCUAAAUGAUGCCUUUUUGGAAUUUCUUCCAGCUAACUUUGGAAGACUUGUCAAAUUGCGAAUUUUGGAGUUAAGAGAAAAUCACUUGAAAACUCUACCAAAGUCAAUGCACAAACUGACUCAACUGGAGAGACUUGAUCUGGGCAAUAAUGAAUUCUCUGAACUGCCUGAGGUUCUCGAACAAAUACAGAAUCUAAAGGAAUUGUGGAUGGACAAUAAUUCUUUGCAAAUACUACCUGGGUCUAUAGGGAAGUUAAAACAGCUCGUGUACCUGGAUGUGUCAAAAAACAGGAUAGAAACUGUUGAUUUGGACAUAUCGGGAUGCGAAGGACUGGAAGAUCUCCUGUUGUCAUCUAACAUGUUGCAGCAACUGCCAGACUCCAUAGGACUGUUGAAAAGGCUUACAACUUUAAAAGUAGAUGACAAUCAGCUUACAAUUCUGCCAAAUGCAAUUGGAAAUUUAUCUUUAUUAGAAGAAUUUGACUGCAGCUGUAAUGAAUUGGAGUCCUUACCUUCUACCAUUGGCUACCUUCAUAACCUGAGGACAUUGGCUGUGGAUGAGAAUUUCCUUCCUGAACUGCCCAGAGAAAUUGGAAGCUGUAAAAACGUAACAGUGAUGUCACUGCGCUCUAACAAGCUAGAAUUUCUUCCUGAUGAAAUUGGCCAGAUGCAGAAGCUGAGAGUGUUAAAUCUGAGCGAUAACAGACUGAAGAAUUUACCAUUCACUUUUACUAAACUUAAAGAACUUGCAGCUUUGUGGCUUUCUGACAACCAGUCCAAGGCUCUCAUUCCACUGCAAACUGAGGCUCAUCCAGAAACAAAGCAGAGAGUACUGACUAACUACAUGUUUCCCCAGCAACCCCGCAGUGAUGAAGUGUAUUUCCAGUCAGACAGUGAUAGUUUUAACCCUACUUUAUGGGAGGAGCAGAGACAGCAACGUAUGACUGUUGCCUUUGAAUUUGAAGAAAAAAAGGAAGAGGAGGAAAAUGCAGGGAAAGUUGAAAUAAAUCUAAAACGUUACCCCACUCCAUACCCGGAGGAUUUAAAGAAUAUGGUAAAAUCAGUUCAAAAUCUGGUGGGCAAAACAAGCCAUGGAGUACGGCCUGAGAACUCAACACCAACUGCGAACAGUGAACAAACUGUGAAAGAAAAGUAUGAGCACAAGUGGCCCAUGGCACCAAAGGAGAUUUCAGUGGAGGAUGCCUUUGGACAUCCUGCCAGUGAGAUGAGGAUAGGGGAACUUCGUCCUUCCAUGCCAGAGACUCCGUUGUACCCACCCAAACUUGUUCUUCUGGGUAAAGAGAAGAAAGAAUCGACAGAUGAGUCUGAAGCAGAUAAGAUCCAUUGUCUGAAUAACAGCGUUUCCUCAGGCACUUACUCAGACUAUUCCCCUUCCCAGGCUUCCUCAGGGUCCUCCAAUGCGCAUGUUAAAAUGGGGUCCUUGCAGACAACGGCUAAAGAAGCAGUGAAUAACUCUUUGUGGGGGAACAGGCUGGCCCAGUCAUUUCCACAGCCCCUUGAAACAAAGCCAUUGCUGAGCCAGCGGGAAUCCGCUGCAGCGGGGAACCUGCCACAGCGCACCGACAGGCGCCCGCUGAGCGACACCUUCGCUGACAGCUGGAACGACAGCUCGCACUAUGAUAACACAGGGUUUGUUGCAGAGGAGAGCACGGUGGAGAAUCCUAGUGCAAACCCCCUCCUGAGCACGAAAUCCAGAAGCACAUCUGCGCACAGCCGCAGGCCGUUGAUUAGACAAGACAGGAUAGUUGGCAUUCCCCUGGAGCUGGAGCAGCCAACGCUCAGAAACACCCAUGAAUCUGAAGUGCCUCCUCCCAAUCCUUGGCAAAAUUGGACCAGAACCCCUAGUCCUUUUGAAGACAGGACAGCUUUUCCUUCCAAACUGGAAAACACCCCUACCACCAGCCCUUUGCCUGAGCGGAAAAAUCAUGUCAAAGAGUCUCCUGAAAUGACUAGCACUUUCACUCCAGGAAUAGCAUGGGAAUAUCAUGAUUCAAAUGCUAACAGAAGUCUCACAAAUGUCUUUUCCCAUAUCCACUGUCGCCCAGAUCCUUCCAAAAGCGUUAUUUCAAUCAGCAAGAGUACAGAACGACUUUCUCCGAUGAUGAGGGAUUUAAAAACUAACAAAUUUAAGAAGUCACAAAGUAUCGAUGAGAUAGACAUUGGUACAUACAAAGUGUAUAAUAUACCCUUAGAAAACUAUGCAUCUGGUAAUGAUACUGUAGGAACCCAUGAGAGGGUGGACAAGCUCCUGGGCCCGGAGCACGGCAUGCUGAGCAUGUCCCGCAGCCAGUCGGUCCCCAUGCUGGAUGAUGAGCUGCUGACCUACGGCAGCGUCAAGGUGCAGCCGCAGCAGAAGUCGUCCGUCACGAAGAAAGUCUACCAGUUCGACCAAAGCUUCAACCCGCAGGGAGCAGUGGAGGUCACAGCGGAGAAGAGGCUGCCGCCGCCUUUCCAGCUCAACCCCGAGUACAUUCCCCAGCAGAGUAAAAACCUGCCCCAGGAUCUGGUCAGCCCAAGGGCCUACCGCGGCUACCCCCCUGUGGAGCACAUGUUCUCCUUCUCCCAGCCUUCGGUGAACGAGGAGGCAGUCAGUGCCCCCUUUGCGAGCCAGGGGUCCCGGCCGGGGUUCUUGAGGAGGGCGGAUUCGCUGGUCAGCUCCACCGAGAUGUCCAUGUUCAGGAGAGUCAGCAGUAUCUCGGUCUCUGAGUCUCAGUUCCUCAAGAGGAAUGGCAGGUAUGAAGACGAGCAUCCCUCCUACCAAGAAGUGAAAGCCCACACUGGAAGCUUUCCAGUUAAAAACCUUACACAAAGGCGGCCGUUGUCUGCAAGAAGCUACAGUACAGAGAGUUACGGCACAUCCCAAACCAGGCCGGUUUCAGCGAGGCCUACAAUGGCAGCUCUGCUGGAAAAGAUACCGUCAGACUAUAACUUGGGUAACUAUGGCGACAAGCCUUCCGAUAACAGUGAUAUAAAGACAAGGCCUACCCCUGUGAAGGGAAAUGAGAGCUGUGCUAAAAUGCCCGCUGACUGGAGACAACAGCUACUUAGACAUAUAGAAGCUAGAAGGUUAGACAGGACCGCUGCUUACAAACACAACACAGUUAGCCUUGGCAUGCUGCACUCUGGAGGUUUUUCAGCAAUGCAUGCCGGCAGAAGCAUGACUUUAAACUUGCAGACUAAAUCUAAAUUUGAAAACCAAAUGCUUCAAGAGCUACCUCUACCGAAAACCCCGUCGCAGCAGAGCAGCAUUCUGGACAACGGGCAGGAGGAGGUGUCUGUGAGCAGCCAGUGGAACCCCUACCCGCUGGGGCGGCGGGACGUGCCACCAGACACCGUCACGAAGAAGGCAGGUAGCCAUAUCCAGACUUUAAUGGGAUCACAAAGCCUACAGCAUCGGAGCCGCGAGCAGCAGUACGAAGGCAACAUGAACAAAGUCACCAUUCAGCAGUUUCAGCCACCACUGCCUAUUCAGAUUCCCUCUUCGCAGAGCUCCCGAGCACCUCAGACAGGGCGGUGUUUAAUCCAAACCAAGGGUCAGAGAAGUACGGAUGCAUAUCAGGAGCAGUUUUGUGUGAGAAUAGAGAAGAAUCCUGGCCUUGGUUUUAGUAUCAGUGGUGGAAUAAGUGGACAAGGAAAUCCGUUCAAACCAUCUGAUAAGGGUAUCUUUGUUACUAGGGUUCAGCCUGACGGACCAGCAUCCAGCCUGCUCCAGCCUGGUGAUAAGAUCCUCCAGGCAAAUGGACACAGUUUUGUACAUAUGGAACAUGAGAAAGCUGUAUUACUACUGAAGAGUUUCCAGAAUACAGUAGACCUAGUUAUUCAACGUGAGCUUACUGUCUAA